AUGGAUUGGCGUAAACUUUUCGGGUGUCAAGCAGGGCACGAACUUGACUAUUUUCCACCAGAAAAGAGCGAUAAAUCCCUAACUGUUCAACCUCCCCUUGAGGUCCUAGAGGCUGGUACGACUGAGUGGAGAAAUUCUCUGGUGUGUCAGUUCUUAGGGGCUGCUCCAAAUUUCAUCUCCCUCCAACGAACCAUCGAUAAACUCUGGAACCAGACUUCGACAGGAGCUCGCGCAGAACUAUACUCUAGAGAAGGCCUUAGUUACAUAGCCAGUGCUCUAGGAAUUCCAUUAACUAUGGACUCUAUUACUGCAUCGAAAACUAGGCUUGAAUAUGCUAAGGUAUGCAUCGAAAUAGAAGCAAAUGAAGACAUUCUUGAAACUGUCGAAGUUAUUCUUGCUAACGGCAAAACUUCCACAAUCUUUGUCGAAGUUCCUUGGUUCCCUUAUAGAUGCAGGAAAUGUAAAUCCUUGAAGGUUGCUCUGCCUGACUCUUCCUCCUCAAAGGAAAUUGUUAACUCUGCUGAUAACAAUUCAAUAACAGAACCAGAACCUUUCCUAAAGGAGCAACCUGUUCAUGCCGAAUCCUCUAAUCAACAUCAUAAAAUCUUGAACGAGGAGAAUCUUGGAGUAGAAUUAGUUAACGAUGUUACUCAUGAAUCUGCACCCAUUUCUAAUGAUACUCCUUCAAAUUCAAAUCCUAAAAGAGGAAGAGGUAGGCCUUUAAAGAUUAAAGCUAAAUCAGCUUUAAGAGGCUCAGCAAAUAGGUUCGAAAUUCUAUCAACAGUUGAAGAAAAUUCAUCAUUAAACGAGCUGCCAGUAAAGAAAACAAGGCCAGCUGCUGCUGGAGUUGCUAAAUUAAUCAAAGAGAUAAAGUCAAAAAAGAAAGAACAAACCCAACAAGUAAAACGUACCUCAGAAGGAAAUUCAGAGGAAACUCGAGUAAAACCUGAAAAUUCCGCAAAAAUCUUCAAUACUACUUUAGGGAGUUGGAAUGUUCUCACCAAUUAUGAUUCUGCUAUUAAUGGUAGAAUUUGGUUUAUGUGGAAAAAAGGAAUUGAUAUUUCUCUCUGUCAUUCUACUGAUCAAAGCAUUACUGCUAAUUGUAUUUUUAAUAAUACUCAAUUUAUUAUCACUGCAAUCUACCGUAGUAAUAGUGGAUCUUCUAGAAGAUUUCUUUGGCAACACCUCAAAAACCUUAAUACUAGGUUUGGAUCACUCCCUUGGAUUCUUGGAGGUGACUUUAAUACCUAUCUUCACCAUAAAGAAAGCUCUGAUUCUCUUCUCCUAGGACCUUAUUCUUCCUCUGAAAUGACUGAUUUUCAAGAAUUGGUUCAAGAUCUUUCCCUUUAUGAUCACCCUUUCUUUGGCCCUAUCUAUACUUGGAGCAAUAAACAAAAAGAUUCGUAUCUUGCUAGGAAGCUUGAUAGAGUGUUGAUUAACACACAUUGGGUUGUUUCAUUUCAGAAUUCUUUUGUCAAAUUUACAGCCUCAGGUCGUUCAGAUCACUGUAUGGCUCUUGCCUGGAUCAACAAAGAGACUCAAACCAAUAGGCCUAAGCCUUUUAAAUUUUUCAAUUUUUGGUCUAAGCAUCCUAAUUUCCUCGAACAUGUCCUCCAUUCCUGGCAACAACCUUCCCAAGGAAAUCCUAUGAUGAAGUUGUUUCUCAAGCUUAAACGCUUAAAACCUUGCUUGCAGAAGCUCAACAAGGAUAACUAUAGUGAUAUCUCUGUUAGAGUAAGGCUUAAAAAGAAAGAACUAGAACAAAUUCAGAUUUCAACUCUUAAUGGAAACAAUUCUUUAGUUAAAGAAUUGGAUGUUCAAAAGGAGCUAAAUGAUUUAGAGGAUACUGAGUACAUGUUCCUUAAACAAAAAGCGAAAGUUCAAUGGAUUAAAGAAGGAGAUAAAUGUACCAAACUUUUUCAUUCUGCCUUAGCCUCUAAAAAUAAAAGAGACACCAUUAGGAUUCUUAUUAAUAACGAGGGUAAAAGGCUGAAGACUUACGAUGAUAUGGCUAAUGAAAUUAUUGAUUUCUUUCAUCAUCAACUAGGCGAAACUGAUCCUAAAGUUCAACCUCCUGACCCUUUUACCAUGAGAAACUUGCUUCAAAUCCAUCUGCCUACUGAGGUUACUACUGAUCCGAUUAAAAAUGUCACUACUGAUGAAAUCAAAGAAGCUUUAUUUAACCAAGGUAAUGACAAAGCUCCUGGUCCUGAUGGUUUCACUCCUCUUUUUUUCAAACAUUCCUGGUCUGUCAUAGGGGAUGAUUUUGUUGAUGCUGUCAAAUACUUCUUUCAAGAGUCCCAUAUCCAUCCUGCUUUUAAUUCCACCAUCAUUGUCUUGAUCCCUAAAACCCAAAAUCCUAGCACAGUUAGGGACUUUAGACCUAUCUCUUGUUGUUUUGUAGUCUACAAAACUAUAACUAAAAUCCUUGUCAAAAGAAUGAAUCAGCUGUUGCCUAACCUUAUAUCUUUGGGAGGAGAGAAACAGAAGAUUAUUCAACAGAGGUAUAAGAACAACAGAGCAACUUCUCAAGGCUAUAAAAGAGCUUGUUUGAAACAAAAUCAGUGA